UCUACCGCAUCGCAACAACGUCCGCUGUUGCAUCGCAUUCUGCGCCUCUCUCUUAUUUGCCCUUGUCCAUUGGCUCCUCUGUCCCGCUAUUUUCCAUUCGUUGCGUGUGUAUGUUUGUUGCAUUUCGACGUCAUUGUGGCGCUCUCUGCAUGGCCUCCAAAAUUUUGUUGUUCUUUUUACCGGCUUACUCCCGGUGGAUUAUUAUCAAAGCCCGAUUCCUCCCUGCUCAGUCCCAGUUUAAACCACUUUAUUAAGCACGGUCGGCAUGGCACGCGGAUCCCGCGUUCGUCGCGAUAG